AUGGAGGGAUCUCCAUACCUGAGUGAAGAUCUGUUAGUUGAAAUCCUGGCGAGAUUGCCCGUACAAUCUUUGCUCCGUCUUAGUACCGUAUCCAAAUCAUGGAAGACCAUCAUAGCUAGCCCCAAAUUCUGUUCAUUCCACCUCUCCACAAACCGCAACUCCUCCAAAAUCUUACUCACCGCACAAGACCGUGGACAGGGUGGCGUCGCCUUCGGUAAGAGACCCGAAGAGCGGCACUUUCUGCUUAACAACUAUGAAAAUCUCCCCGCCGACCCUUCCUGGUUAACCCCUUUCGAUUUCCCCUUCGAAUACCCAGACUGGACCUCUCACCACAUCGUCGGCUCCAUCAACGGCUUGAUAUGCAUAUCCCAGUCGCUAUCCUAUUUCCCGGAUGCGCAACCCAAUCUACCCAUCAUACUAUGGAACCCUACUGUCGAGAGGCACGUCUGCCUACCCGACCCAACCUUCAGUCUAGCAUAUAACGCAUCCAUCGAGUUCGGAUACGCCGCCGCCACAGACGAUUACAAAAUCGUGGUCGUUAGGCAAUUAGGCGAGACUAUUGCCCCGGAGUUCCACGUCUAUUCAUUGAACUCGAACGCAUGGCGUGGGGGUUUCGAGAUGUGCCCUCCCGCGGCCGCCCCUGUGAGGAAUAUUGAAGAAAGAGGGGACCGUCGAAUAUUUGGUAGCACGGGUGCUUUCGCGGGAGGCAAGAUGCACUGGCUUGUUAGCAAUGAUUAUGAGAUGGAGCCGUAUUGCGACACCCUUUACACGUUCGAUGUGGCGGAGGAGGUUUUUGCUGAGGUGGGCUUACCUCCGCCACCUGAGGAAAUGACUCAGCUAAUUCGCGGAACACCGCGGGUUGCUGUAGUUAGGGACUUAUUGCAUGUGGUACAACCCACGCUUAUUACCUUGCAAAUGUACAUGUAUUGGACAAUAUGGGUGAAGAUGGAGGAUGCUGGAUCUUGUGAUAUGUACUGGAAGAAAUUGUACAGAGUUGAUGAUGUGACUGCUGUGUUUGUGUGUCUUUUGAAGAAUGGGGAGUUGGUGAUGGAUAAGGACCCUAACUUCUCCAGAACUGUGCUCCACGAUGUCCAUGGUGCCUUAGUGGCAUAUGAUCCGAGGGAUGGGAAGUUUAAGGACUUGGAGCCUUUGUCACUCUCUCAACAACGAGCCUUUGGGAAUGUCGAGUCUAGGAAUCACCAAGAGACUCUAGUUCUCCUCGACCGAACGCUGAUUGACGACCCACAAACUACUUGGAAUACUUGUCAAGUUCAAAUCGAAAAGGAUGACAAUUGA